CCUCUCCAUAAAAAUUCCUCCCUCGAAAACAGCCAACCCCAAUCCAAACUCCUUCCAAAAAAUGGAAACUUUACUGAAAACCUUCGUCCCUCUCCUCCUCGUAUCCUGCUCCGCCGUCACAUCCUACCCCUCCGUCUCCCCCCACAUCGCUCGGGUCACCGACCGGUUCCGCUCCCCUGAGCGACAGUUCCAAUCCUUCAUCAGAAGAUACAACAGGGACUACCGCACCGCGGAGGAGUACGCUCACCGCCUCGGUGUUUUUACCAGGAAUCUUGCGAGGGCGGCGGAGAACCAGAUGCUGGACCCCACAGCGAAGCACGGGAUCACGCCGUUCUUUGAUUUGAGCGAGGAGGAGUUCGAGAGGUCGUACUUGGGGUUGGCGGUGCAGGAUAAGGAGGGGAUGUUGGGUGCGGAGAUGCGGACCGCGGAGGAGGUGGAUGUAAGGGGGUUGCCGGCGAGUUUUGAUUGGAGGGAGAAGGGGGCCGUUACGGAUGUUAAGAUGCAGGGAGUUUGUGGUUCUUGUUGGGCGUUUAGCACAACCGGAGCAGUUGAAGGGGCCCAUUUCAUUGCAACAGGCAAACUUCUAAACCUCAGUGAGCAGCAGCUUGUCGACUGUGAUCACACGUGUGAUGCAGUGGCUAAGGAGGAUUGUAACAAUGGUUGUGGUGGCGGUCUAAUGACCAAUGCAUACAAUUACUUGAUGAAAUCUGGAGGUUUAGAAGAGGAGAAGACAUACCCUUAUACUGGAAAACAAGGGGAAUGCAAGUUUGACAAAGAUAAAAUCGCAGUUAGAGUGGCCAACUUCACAAAGAUACCUUUUGAUGAGAAGCAGAUCGCAGCAAAUCUAGUCAUGCGUGGCCCUCUUGCGAUGGGAUUGAAUGCAGCGUUCAUGCAAACAUACAUUGGGGGUGUAUCCUGCCCUCUAAUAUGCCCAAAGAUAUUCAUCAACCAUGGCGUGUUACUCGUCGGGUACGGAGCAAAAGGGUUUUCAAUUCUGAGGCUCGGGUAUCAACCAUAUUGGAUUGUUAAGAACUCAUGGGGAAAGCACUGGGGAGAGGACGGUUAUUAUAAGCUUUGCAGGGGACAUAAAAUGUGUGGGAUGAACACUAUGGUUUCUGCUGUAUCCACCACUUGGGAAGGCUAAGGAAAAGAAAUCAGAAAGAGAUUCAUGGUAAGUAAACAUAAGCUAUAGCUAGUAGCUACCGUUGGAACUUUGAAGUAGAUCUUGUGUAUGUGAAACAGUAUCGUGUUAUUGCUCGGAUACAUUUGCUAAGUUGCGCAUUGGUUGCGUUGUUGAAUAUGUGAUGAUCUGUAGGUUGCUCGGACACGUUCUAAGUUGCGCAUUGGUUGCGCUGUCGA